AAAAUGAAAAAGACUAAGUUUAGUAAGGUACUUCGGUACAAGCAAGCACUUUAAGGCCUCGACCCCUCUCCCCCACAUCGGUCCAACAUCUCCGGGGGCCUUCCCCCCUGUAUCUUAGCUGGUUAGGUACCUCGUUGCUGGGCGAACAACCGCUACCGAAAUAAUUUUGACAUCACAUCACAUUAAUUUCUUAUGUAUCCCUCCCCAAAACCAUCCGAUUUGCUGUUUUGUACGUGGAGAUAACGAAUUCAUCUAUUUGUACUUACAUUCAUAUCUCCAACAAAACCACCUCCUAUUAUUCAACAAGACUUUAUUUAUGUGUUGAGAUGAAAAGUUUUAAUGUUUCCAAUCUCUCUACUUCAGCUCGACAACUUAUAAGCCAUAAGCCAGUUACAUAUACCUAACACCGAACGAGAAAAAGAAAAGACCAGUAGUGUACUGCCAACCCAACAAGGCCUCCCCACCUCGUGUCUGCAGCCAUCGUGGGCGGUGAAUUCCCUACUGCAUAUUCGAAGCUCGAUCUAGAUACCCGAUUACGCAACUCUAUCCAAUUACUCACCCUCCCUUGCUCGCAUCGGUACCCGUCUGUCUUAUAAAACCUUUUGCUGCCGCCAAGUGCGGAGGUGAUCGACCAACUUGAUGCUCGCGGGUAUCUUAGAAUCAGAAGAUGCGACUAACGCUCUGCCGAUAUGCCGCGCUCAUUUCUAUAGCCGCCACGAUAACGAUUGCGCUCCCUGACCCUGUCGUCAAUCCACUCGAGUACGGCACAUUCCAAGAUUAUUCUCCGAUUCAUAGGAGGCAAAUUUCAUGUCCAAGCAAUUAUUUCAGCUGUGAAGAUAAAGGUGCUGCUUUUGCUAAUACUUGUUGCGAAAAUGGACAACUGUGCGCUUUAGACGCUCAAAGUGAGGCAGCUUGCUGUCCAUCUUCAGCAACCUGCACUGGAGUAGCACCCACGGGCCCAACACCGACAGUCUCCUAUGUGAGCAACACAUACUUCUCAUUCCCAUACAUACCGACGUCGUUCGCCAACUCGGUCGCAUGCACAUCCGCCGUCGACGAAUGCUCGAGGAACUAUGGGGCAUGUGUCUCGGACUUGGGAGGUAAUGCAGGAGUAUACGGAGUUACUAUCGUCGUUCCGGGAGGGGGUGGAACAACAGUAGCCGCCACGCAGGGCACCGGAAUUCCAUCAGCAUCAGCGACUUCAGUGUGCUCGAGCUUGUCUUCAAAGGCUUGCUAUAACAUACAAAGCAGCCAAUGCACUCAAGCUGGUACGACAGGAGGUUUUGUCAUAGGCACUGCGAACUAUGCAGCUAGGCCUACUGCCGCUUGUGUGGCGGGCGUCAUUGCUGGAGUCGGUCUGGGUGUUAUGGGCGGACAUAUAUGAAAUACAUUUAAGAGUGAAUCGGAUGACUUUAUGAACGGCUAUGACCUUUUUCUGAAUGUGUAUAUUUUGGGGAUAUACUGAUAGAUAUACGUCCUGGGUUAAAGGAUCGGUAGGGUCAACAGGUAGAAUUGGAAAGAGAUGAAAGGGGUAUUUCAAUCAAAGGGUUGGAAUGUGGUUCUAGGUAUCCCUCAGUACAUAAUGUCAUUUUUCGAAAGAAUGAGAACUCGAUGAAAACGAAA